AUAGAUUAUAAAAGCUAAUAAUACUUAUAUGGAGUCAACGGCUGAAGAAUCAUCUGCAGAAAAUACAACGGAGGAUUAUUGGACUGGAAGUGGUUUAAGUUCAGAUGACGAAGACAGCACUCAUAAUGAAACAAGGGAACUACUUGCUCACGAAGCUAGUGACCACGAAGCGGUGGUCUACGUAAGUGACGGAAUAAGUGCUUCAUUUGUACCUGUACCAUCGCUAAAAAAUCAACAUGUUAGUCCGAAACUCCAAGCAAUACAGACACUUCACGGCCUUCAAGGAUUACCCUCAUCAAGUACAGCAGAUCAUUCUAUACUCGAGUAUGAUGGAACCGAUAUUACUACGGAGGAGGAUUGGAGACGCCAUCCAGAGUCCUGGGAUAUAGACCGUGAGCAUAGAAGAUACAGACCGAAUACUACAAGGGUUCAGCAUAUUGAAGCCGAGUGUCAAGAUGAUUACAUGAAAAUUCGUAUUGGUUUUAAUGGCUCCUUCAAUGGUUUAUUAUAUUCGGCAGGUUAUUCUUAUGAUCCUGAUUGCAUGUAUGUUAAUGGAACUGGACGGGAUUAUUAUGAAUUUUUUAUUCAGCUGAAUAGGUGCGGUACUCUUGGUGAAAACACGCAUCAUCAAGAUAGUAGGAAGAAUCCUACGAAAAAUCUUAUGUGGAACACUGUAACAGUACAAUAUAAUCCACUUAUCGAAGAAGAAUUUGACGAACACUUUAAAGUCACAUGUGAAUAUGGUUACGAUUUUUGGAAGACUGUCACGUUUCCUUUUCUGGAUGUUGAAGUUGCAACUGGUAAUCCUGUAGUAUUUACAUUACAACCACCUGAAUGUUACAUGGAAAUUAGAUACGGCUAUGGAACUACAGGCACCAGAGUAGCUGGACCUGUUCGCGUUGGAGAUCCUCUGACAUUAAUAAUUUAUAUGCGCAGUAAAUACGACGGCUUUGAUAUCGUGGUAAAUGACUGCUAUGCACAUAAUGGUGGCAACAAACGGAUUCAAUUGAUAGAUCAGUACGGUUGCCCCGUGGAUGAUAAACUGAUUAGUCGAUUCCGUGGUUCGUGGUCUGAAAGUGGUUUAUUUGAAACGCAAGUAUUUGCCUAUAUGAAAACGUUUCGAUUCACCGGUUCUCCAGCUCUUUACAUCGAAUGUGAUGUCCGAAUGUGUCAUGGACGAUGUCCGAGUCAACCAUGUCACUGGAGAAACUCUAAGUCUAUAAUAAAACGAUCUAUAAUAAAUAUUGUUGAAAGUUCAUCUACGCCUGUAGCAAGUUUAUCCGAGAAUGUUAAUCUUUUCCAAUCACUUAGAGUAUUACAAGAGGGCGAAGCUGAUACCGAACUCUUUCAAAAUGUGACAACAUCCUCACGAAGCGAUACAAAUGAUUCAAAUCCGGAUCGUGUAUGUCUACGUCCAACUCUCGUUAAUACAUUUGUUGGAAUUAGUUGUGGUGUUCUUUGUAUAAUGGCAGCAACAAUAUUGGCAAUGUGCUCAAGAAUGCGCCGGGUUGCACGUGAGAAACUCCUCUCAGACAGCAUUAGCUACAUGACUCAUAAGGGACGAAUAAAUUAGAAUCAUUGCGACAGUGAAUAAGACGAAU